AUGAAUAAUUAAGAAUUAUUACAAUUAGUAGAUAUUGAUUAAGAGGCUGGAUGGCGUAUUUUGUAAGCAAAAAAUAUCAAGUUGAGUGAUAUUAUUUAUUCAGAUUUUAAUAAACAAUAAUUGGGAAUAUGUUUAAAAGAUUAUACAAUUUUUGAGCAAUGUCUUAAUCAUGUAUUAGAAUAUGAAAAUAAUGAAUUAUUUCAAUUCAUUUAUUAAUAUUUCGAUAAAGAAUUCACUUAUAAUUGUCUUUAAAUGGAACCUUGCUUUUCAUGUUACAAACAUACAGAUGUGAUUGAAUUAAUAAAGAAACCAAUUUCAAAUGGUGCAAAAUCUAAAAUCAUAACAUAUUAAUUUUCAAAGAUAUAUGAAAUAUCUGAAAUUUAAUUAGAUAUGAGGGAAGAGAUUUAGGGACGCAUAAGAAUUCAUUUACCAGGAGAUGAAAUAAUUCCAUUUACAUAAGAGCUCAAACCUCCAAUAAUUGCAUAAUCAAUAACAUUAGAAUAUCCAUUAUAAGAAAUAGAAAGACACUCAAAUAUUUGUAUUUGUAGUACUUUUAGAAGAGAAGUUGAAGAAUGUCCAAGAUGUUAAGGGAAAUCAUUUUAAAUAACAUUUUCUUGUAAACCUGUAAUAGAUAUUGAACCAAUAAAAAAUGAAUCAGAGGUACAAUAAAUAAAUAACAUAAUAUCUGAUUUAGAAUAAGUGAAAUAAUAAAAUUUUGAAAAGUUGAUGGAAUAUUAUAAUGCUAUAUCUUAAUAUAAGUUUAAGGUUUAAAUGAUUUAAAUGAUGAAAGAUGCUUAUAAAGAAUUUAAUUAAGCAGCAAUUUUAUCUAAAAGGUAUAGUAGAAGAGUAAGACAAUUUUAUAAUGGGAUGGAAGAUGAAAGGGAAUUAUGUUAAUUUUCAAAUUGUAUUGAAUGCAGUAGAAGAGUGUUAUGUUCAGCUGAAAAUGUGAAUGAAUAAUUACUAAGAAAAUUAUAUUUCUCAAAUAAAGUAACACAUAAGGAAAGAGAAACAGCUAUUAAAUUACUUAAACCAACAAUAAAAUAUAAUUUAAAUGAUUUAGAUUAGAUUGCAAAUAAUGAAGAUGUAUAUAAAGAAUUUUGUUUAUAAGCUUAAUUAUAUUUGAAGGGUGAGAAUAAAAUGGAAUUUAUAAAUCAAUUUUUGAGUAGAUGCAAAGAAUUAAAAUUAGAUGAAAUUAUUAUAGCAAUAUUAAAGACAUUAAAUUAAGUAUAAAUAACUUAGAUUCAAUAAUUAUUAUGUGAUAUAAAAGUAGAAAGUAUUUGUUUAAAAGAUAAUAUUAUAAGUUAAUUAUUUUUAAUAAAGAAUGUAGAAGUUUAAGAUUAUUUAAGAGAGUUAGUUAUAAAUGUUUGUAAAGUAGAUGAGAUAUUAGGAUUGAAUUUAUUUUUAAAUGGAUUAGAAUAUACUAAUGAUACAUCUUUUUAUUAAUUAUUUGAUGAGAUAAAGAUUAAAAUAGCAGGUGAUGCAGUAGUUGAAUAUUUAGUAGGAUUUAUUAAAGAAAAUUAUAAAAAAUUAGAAUCAUAAAAAAUAUUAAAAUGUUUUGAAAUGAUUUAAAAAUGUUGGAAUAUUCUUAGUAAUGAUUAAUUAAAAUGGUAUAUUGAAUUAGAUAAAUUAUUUAAUCAUAUAGGUUAAAAUAACGCUAGAAUUAAUCAAGUAAAUUUAUUAUAUUAUUUAUAGAUAUAUAAUCAUUUAUAUUAGAAUAUGUAAAUUAAUGAUAAUUUUGAAAUUCUUAAAUACUUUAUUCUUUAAUUAUUAAAUGAAAAUUAAUAAAAUCAAUAAAUUCAAAGACUUUCAUAAAUGAUACAUAAUCUUUUAUUUAAGAAAUUAGAAUUUAGAAUUAGAAUAUGGCCAUACAAAACAAAUUAAUAAUUUUAUUAAAAAGAAGUUGAAUAUUCAUCACUUAAUUUUGAAACGUAUUUAAUUUUUUAAUAUUAUUUAAUAGAUUAGAAUAAUUGAAAGAAAUGGCAUAAAAAGAUUUAGGUUUAGAACCUCAAUUUGAUUUAAUCAUUUAAGAAAGGAUUGUAAAUGAUACUAGUCUAGAUUUAGAAUUAGUUUAUAAAUAAUUUUAUAUACCUGAAAAGGCUAAACAAUUUAAAAAUGGAUAAAAGAUAUUAUCAAUGAAUAAUACAUAAUAGGAUCCUUAAAAUCAGAAAGAAAAAUAAAAGAUUAAAGAACUUAUUUAAUAGAAAAUAUAAAUGGAAAUAAAUUAUUCAAUUUAAGGUGUUGGUAAUCAUGAUGAUUUACCUUAUAUACCAAGUUUAGUGGAUGAUAAAAAAUCAUAUUUAGAGAAAUAAAUAUCAAGUGUUAUUGAACCUUAACAUUUAAAAAUCUUAUUUACAUUAAUUAAUAAUCUUAUAUAAGAAGGUAAGAGAUUUAUGAGUACAGUUUAAAAGAUAGUAGGAAUUAUGAGAUUCUUAUGUAAUUCAUCAAAUUAAAUAAAACAUUAAAUUAUUAAUUGUUAAGGUAUUGUUGUUUUGAUAAAGAUCUACUUAUAAGAACCUAAUGAAAAUGAAAAAUUAUUAGAUUUUAUAGAUGAUCUCUUAACAUAAACAACUUAAACUAAAAGAAGAUUCAGUGAAAAUAUUGAUCCAUUUGAAUUAAAAUUCCAUGAUAAAGAAAGUGUUACACUUCUUUAUUAAGUUAUUAAUCAUUUAGAAUCUAAUCCAACAUAGAGAAUAUCAAAGACAUUAAUAUAAAUAAUUCCAUUAAUUAUUAGAGAUUUAUAAGAUCCAAUAUAAGCAUUAAUUGAACAUUUUAAAAAAAACAUUAAAUUUGAAUGGAACAAUCAAUAAUUAGCAUUUUUUGGAUCAAUAUUACAUGCCACUCCAACUCAUUAUCAAAAAUUAAGAGAAGCAACAUUAGAAAGUGGUAUCUAUUAAAUGGCAAUAGAAUCUUAUUUAUAGAAUUAAUCACUUGAAGUUUGGAGUGAAACUAAUGCUAGUUGUUUGAAAAUUGUAUUUUCUGUUGCUAUUGGAUCUAGAGAAUGUUAAUUGUUAUUAAAUGAAAUUGGAUUCAUAUAACAAAUAUUUUAACAUUCAAAUAAUCAUAAUUAAGUUAUGAAAGAAUUAUCAAAAGUAUGUAAUGACUGUAUAAAUUUCAUAAAAAAUGAUGAUGGAUAAUAUAUAAUUGAAGAAUUAAAAAAUACAAUAAAUAAAUUAACAAUGGAAAAAGAAUAGAAAUUUGAAUAAAGUUAUAAAAAUAAAAAAUAAUAAAUAUUGAAAAAAUUUCAAAAAUCAACAUAUAAUCAAAAAAUAUAAUCUCUAUAAAUAGAGAAAGGAUUAUAAUGUGUAGCAUGUAAAGAAGGUUAUUCAUUAAGUUCAAAUCAAUUAGGAAUUUAUGUAUUUUCUCUACCAUAUCAAAUUCCAGAAGAAAAAGCAUUUUUAUCUAUGUAAAAAUAAGAAACCUAUGGUUUAUAAAGUGUUACUUAUUUUACUGUUAUUCAUUCAUCUUGUUAAAAAGCAAGUGUUGAUUGUGCAAUAAAAUCUUAAAAAGAUGAAUAACCAAAAUCACAUGAUGAAAUAUUUUGGGAAUGUGCUAUUAAGAAUAAUGGUUGUAAAUGUAAUAAUUUUUUACCAUUAAAAAAUGGAAAUAAUUAUGAAUAAACAUUAGAUAUUUAUUUCAAAAGAUGUGAAAAAAUAUUAAAAAAUAAAAUUACUUCAAAAUGUUGGUUACUUUUGAAUGAUCUAAAAGGAUUAAUAUUUAGAAUGGCUUAAUAAGAUGAUUUAUCAGUUGAUGCUGGUGCAAGUACAUAUGAACACAAUCUAAAAUUAAUUCCUAUUAUGAUGACAGCAAUCAUAUAUUGUAAUGUAUCUUAAUACUCACAUCUUAUGUCAACUUAAUAAAAUUCAUUUGAAUAUGUUUCUAUUGCUAUUAUUGUUGCUUUGUUUCAUCCUUAUUAAGAUUGGUUACAUUAUUAAGCUAAUUAUUCAAAAGAUGCCAAUCCACAUUUGUUAAAUGCUAUUAAAAUAGUAGAUACAAUUAUGGUUAAUAUAUUAUUCAAAGUACCAAAUGAUUCUAAUUAUCAAAAGGCCUUAGAUAAAUUCCUUAAUUAAGAUUAAAUGGAUGUAAUAUUAAUUAAUCUAUAUAUUAGAUUGUUUUACAAUUUGAAAAAUUGCCUAUAGAAUAUAAUAAAAAGUGA